UGGCUUCGAGGCGAGGUGGCCACGCGGUAUUUCAAAGGACAUCAAGACAACAUCUAUUGUCUUGCGUGGGUGGGGCCUAACAAGGUGGCAAGUGGGAGUCGGGACAGGGCGAUCUGCAUUUGGGACCUGCAAACAGGCCAGUGUACUCGUUUCGACAGUGGCCACACUGGUAGUGUGCUCUGUAUGCGAGCUUCGCGUGACUACAGUAUCUUGUUGACGGGAUCGUCCGAUGCUACUUGCAAAAUUUGGAGUCUACCCGAUUGCCGUCUCCUGCUGACAUUUCGAGGCCAUGGUCACGGCGUAUUGGAUGUAUGCGUCAUCCAGGAUUACAUCGUUACGUCUUCGCGUGACCACACCAUCCGUGUGUGGGACAAGACAGGCCGGGAAUUACGCCAACUCACAGGCCAUACUGGGUCUGUCAAUGCACUGGAACCCCUGGAUGAUCGUCGCGUGAUCUCCGCUUCCGGUGAUUCGACGCUCAAAGUGUGGGACAUUACAACGGGUCAGUGUUUGCGAACCAUGAAGGGCCACACCUACGGUCUUGCUUGUGUUCGUUAUGAUGGGGAAAGGAUUUACAGUGGAGGCCAAGACAGCCAAAUUCGUGUGUGGGAUCCCGAAACCGGUGAAUGUCUAAUGACGAUGAGCGGUCACAUGAAUUUGAUACGCACUAUGGACUGUUUCGACGGAAAACUUGUGAGCGGCAGUUAUGACCGUACGUUGCGUGUAUGGGAUACCAAAACUGGAGCAUGUCUACUUAGUUUCCAAAGUGGCCAUUCAAGCUGGAUCUUCAAUGUGCUACUGAGUCGUACAAAGAUUGUCAGUGCAGGACAGGAUCGACGAAUCAUGAUGCUUGACUUUGCUCAAGGAAUUCAAACGGCCAAACUUUUCAAAGAAAUUCUAUAA